UUUGCGUAGUAUGAUUCACCGUGCGCGUGUACAUGGUAAAGCAAAGGGAAAAGUGGUGAAUUAGUUGAAACCAUGGCGGAUCAGCUGCAACAGUGGCUGUUUUCGUCAGAUCCUUUAGGGGAUCUAGACCCAAAUUUACAGUCUCCGGGUGGUAGCGAUGUUCUCCUCGACGAUAUUGACGAUGUUAUCAAAUAUGAAUGUCCAGAUGAUUCUCUUCUACUUGAUACCUCCUUGGGAUCGGCCAAUAUCAAUGAUUCUGGCUUUCUGUCACCGGACUCACAUUUUGACAUGCUGUUGACAUCUCAAGCUUCAAGGCUUCAAGAUCAACAGCAGCAACAGCAACUUAGUCCAGUGCAAGUGUCCCCCAAUCAGACGGUACAGCCAGUCGUCACACAGCAGAUUCAGAGUCAGCUCCAGGUCCAGCAGGCAGAAAAGGAGCAGCUACAGAACCAACUGCAGCAACAACAGCAGCAGGCCACUGUGCAGAUACAGCAAUUGCUGCAACAGCUUCAAAAGCAAGCACAGCGUCAGGCCCAGUUGCAAGAACAGCAAAAGCUGCAGCAGCAACAGCAAAUUCAACUCCAGCAGCAACAACAGUUGCAGCAGCAACUUUCACCCACAACACCUUUGACUGUUCAGCAGAUAGUGCCACAGUCAUCCACCCCUAGCUCUCCUAGCACCCUUAGCACUGUUGCUACUUCUCCUGUGCCAACUACAAGUAACACAGUGACAAACAAAACAGUGGUGGCAUCGCCAACGAUUCAGUCACUGUCUCUCACCCCACAAGUGUUGCAAACAUCAUCAAGCCCACAGCUUACAGUCCAGUCGCCUAAAAUAGCUGUCUCUCCAACUAAGCCAGCUCAGCCAGUCACAACGAGUUACCAACAGGUUGUUGUUCCGACUCAGAUCAUCAAAGCUGAAUCCACCAAGUGUGUACCGGUCGUCUCUGUUACAAGUGCUUCGGUCCACAUCAAUGAUGAUGGUGCAGUCAUCACAAGCAUUCCCAUGGUGGUGGACAAUGACAAACUGCCUAUCAGCAGACUGACCUCAACCCGUGCCGAAGCUCCACCCCCCAAGAAGGGAGAGAAGAGGACAGCGCACAAUGCCAUUGAGAAGCGUUAUCGUUCCAGCAUCAACUCUAAAAUACAAGAGCUCAAACAGAUGGUGGUUGGACAUGAUGCAAAGAUCCAGAAAUCGGGCAUUCUUCAGAAGGCUAUAGAUCACAUCAAGUUCCUACGCAACACCGUCAACAAGCUGAAACAAGAGAACAUGGUGCUGAGGGUUCAAGCAGAGAAAACCAAUCCAUCUAACACACUCUUGAGUGACUCCAUCAAAGUGAAGACUGAACCAAUGACUCCACCUCCUUCUGAUACCAGCUCACCACUCCGCAGUCCCAUCAGCAGUACGUCAGAUGUAAGCAGCCCGGACAUGUGUGAAGAAGAAGCCAUGGAACAGAACUUCCCCUACAGCGAGGAGGACGACUUCAAGACUGAGCCUCUCAGCCCCAGCGGUCUGCUGGACCGAACCCGUUUGGCUCUCUGUGUCUUCAUGUUCUGUUUCCUUGCCUUGAAUCCCCUGGGGUUCUUGUUUGACCCGGCUGGGUCUUCUACAAGUACUUUUGACAGACCGCAUGGACAUGGGCGCACCAUUCUUGCCGAAGAAGAGACCAUUGAACAGACAUGGUUUCAGUGGCUGUUGUCAUCUUGUCUGGUGUGGUUCAUCAAUGCAGCGGUUGUCAUAGGCUUCUUAGCAGGUGUCUUCAUAUUUGGAGAACCUGUCACCAAGUCACACAGCGAGGCAUCAACAACCUUCUGGAGACACAGGAAACAGGCUGAUCUAGAUCUUGCCAGAGGAGACUUUGCUGCUGCUGCCAGUCAACUACGGACCUGCCUAACCGCCUUGGGACGCCCUCUUCCAACUUCCAGGUUGGACCUGUUGUCGUCCCUUACAUGGAACCUAGUACGUCAUGUUCUAAACCGCCUUCUGAUUGGUCGUUGGCUGGCCACACUUGCCGGUGGUCUUCGUAGGAAGAGGGAAGGAGAGAAGUGUCUUGAUGGCAAGGCGUCUGCUCGCAAUGGAGCAUUGGUCUACCAUAAACUCCAUCAGCUUCACAUGGCUGGUUACUUGACGGAUGGUGACUUGUAUGCUAUCAAUAUGGGUCUUUGUGCCAUGAACCUUGCUGAGUGCACUGGCGAUACCAUCAGUCCAGCUACAUUGACUGAGAUCUAUGUCACUCAAGCCCUCUGCUUCAAGAUCAGACUUGGAAGCAGGCUGCAAGUGUUCUCGAGAUAUUUCCUGAGCCGUGCUCGGCACAUUGGAGCUGGUGGUUCUGAGUUGCCAUCGCUGCAGUGGUUGUUCCAUCCCAUGGGCUACCAUUUCUUCCUGUAUGGCACUUGGACCUGUCAACCCAAAGAGAGUCUCUACAGCAUUGCUGGAAAUCCAACUGAUCCACUGUCCUUUGUCAGCCAGGCUUAUAGAGAGCAUCUCUUGGAGAAGGCUGUCUAUUCCUUGGAAUCUCCAACUUCAAACCCCUCUUCAAGAAAAGCUAAAGCCGAAAGUGAUCCUCAAUGUUCUGAAACACUCCAGUACCUUCAGCUUCUGAGUGAGUGCUCUGAUGCAGCCAGCACCCCAAGACAGGCCUUUGCCAUUGGCUCAAACAUGUCUGCUGCUUCAGGUGCUGAUCCUGUUUCCAAAUGGUGGUGUAACAUUGUCUUUGUGGCUGUGUACUGGCUCCUUGGAGAUGAUGCUGCAGCGGAGAGGCUCUAUUCUGCAUUGGAGUGUCUGCCACAACAGCUGCACAGUACAGAGGACCCUCUUCCCAAGGCCACGCAGUUAGCCUUCAAAGCCAGGAAAGCUUUCCUCAGCCCAGACAGCAACAGGAAAGACCCCAUGCUGGAUGAGUGCAUUUACAUCUGCAACAAGUCCAGUGCACAUCUGAAGAGCAGUCUCAACUACUCGGGGCAACAGCGCUGUGAGAAAAUCACACAGGCACUGCAGGUGUUGGUUUGUGACUGGCUUCUGUCGACACGUACAGCUGUCUGGCAGAAGCAGCAAGGCUCGUCAAGUGUGCAGGUUGUCCCCAUCUCCCCUCAAGAGCUCUCUUCCUUCCAGCAAGAUCUCUCCUGCAUUCGUAAACUUUCCACAUCUAUCAAGGCAGCUGUGCCCAGGGUGUAUGUGUACCAAGCCACAGCUAGGCUGAUGGCUGGGGCACACCCUGCCAAGACCCAGCAGCUUUUGGAUAGAAGCUUGAGAAGACGGGUCACUAAUGCUUACUCCAGCAUGAAAGAUGAUGAUGAAGUAACAGUAAGUGAUCGUGAUCGAGCCUCUGCCCUUUUGAUGGCCUGCAGACAUCUUCCCUUCCCUCUUCUCUCCUCCCCUGGCCAGCGAGAACGCAUGCUUGCCGAGGCAGCCAGAGCCCUAGAGAAGAUAGGCGACCACAGGGGCCUGCAAGACUGUCAACAGAUGCUGAGAAGUCUUCAGAAUGGGGGCAACAAUUGUAAUGCCACCGUAGCUUGCUGUUAGUUCCUCAUGGCUGAUUUCAUACAGCUGCAUGGCACAACAUUUGGCUGAGCACAUAAACUACUUGGUUAUUAAACUGGGCAUGGCACUGAGAAAAGUUUACACAGAGAGAGCUUAGUACAUAAUGACAAAAAGAAGUUAUCCACUCAUUUUGCUGAGUGCAUACAAUCUGCUUAUCAGCUGUAUGAAGUAAGCCAGAGUGUUUUUCCUUGUUUGUGGUACUGUCCGUAACUACUGGACAUUGUGAAUAAAUUUUUAUCUUAAGUUCAGUGUACAGGUGUUUGAACAAAAGACUAAUUGACAUUGAUGAUGAGCACUGGAGCAUAUUUUAUUCCAUAGUAAAUGUUCAGCAGAUACAAAAAGAUAGAAAGUGGAAUUACAGUACCAAGUACUAUUUAGGAAAGUUUUGUAAUAAAAAUUAAUGUAACAUUGAAGUAUGAAAUAAUAUUUAUAUUUUACCGUCUGUACGUGUUUUUUUUGUUUGUUCAUCACUUUUCAUUGCUUUUGGCGAGAAAAUAUACAAUUUUAUGGUCCCAUCAAGGUUUAGAUUUUUAUUUGCAAGUAGAAACAUUUCUGUAUGGAGAUAUUGAUUUUGGCCAGUUUAAAAGUGGACAGGUCAUAUAGUUUGAAAUUGAUGAAGGCAGAAAGUGGUAAUUCGAACCUGUGCCGUGUUCACUUUGUUCUGCUCAUUACAACGAAAAAUGUUCUUUGACACAUUUACGGAAGUCAUGCAACAAUCCAAAACGUUAUCUUAUUUUGUAAGGAAUACAAAUUUACUGUAUCUUUGAAAUCCUGUAUUUAUUUGGCUUUAAUAAUGUAGUUACUCAGAAGAAAUCGAAAGUUCCCGAAUCUUUGGAGUUGAUUGCAUUUUCUCGUGUACGAAGGAGAUGUGCAUAGAAUUAAGCUUUUGUACGAAUUCUGAAUGCAGUCAUUUCUCAUGUUAACUGUGAAAUGUUAUUAAAGAUACAUAUCCUUGAUUUCUUGUUGACCUUCGCAUCUAACUGUUGAGUGGUUCCUUUUUGCCUUUUAAUAAAUAAAAUGUUUAAAGAUUCUGA